AUGAAGUUUUUAAUCCACGCAUCCGUGUGGUGGCUGCUGCUGCACCCACCUUCGGGCUCAGCCUUUGUCUUUCCUGGACUUGGCGGAAAAGCAUCGAUGCAAAGCAAUCCAUCCAAAGAGUGGAAUCCCUUUUUGUUUCAACGGCCAAACAAUAAUAAUAAUCAUCGCGAUGAUGUAGCUGCCGCCAAGAGGAACACCCCAGCGUCAAACUCCAGGGUACAAAUGAGCUUUUUCCACUACGAUCCAAAUGCUGGAAGACCUCCUCCCGAGGGAGAUGACCAACAAGGAGAUUUUACAUAUGGAGGAGGACCACCUCCUCCCCAAGACAAUAGUAGAGGGCAGGAAUUUACCUAUGGGUAUGGAGGAGCAGCAGAUAAUAAUAGUGUACCACCACCACCCCCCAAUGCCGACGGAUUUACCUAUGGCUAUGGAGCUGGUGCGCAGCAACCACCGCCACCGCCAGAAGCAAAUAAUGGUCAGGGAUUUACCUAUGGUUAUGGUGCUGGUGCUGAAGAACAAGGACCACCACCCAAUGAUGGUUUUACUUAUGGUUAUGGCGACAGUGGCGCCCCCGAACAAGGGGGAUAUCCUGCUGCUCCCGAAACGAAUGCCGGUGCGAAUGAUCCAGGUGCUUACACGUAUGGAUAUGGAGCCACCGAUGCUGCAGCGGCUGCUGCUGCAGAUACCAAUGAUGGUUACACAUAUGGAAAUUCUGGAGCGGAAGCAGCAGCAGAUCCAAGUAGUGGGUAUACGUAUGGAUACGGUGCAGAAGGUGCAGCACCACCACCGGUUGGCACUCAGGGUGAUUAUUCCUAUGGAAAUCCAGAUGCGUCGUAUCAAGAUUUGCAGCAACAGCAGCAGCCACCAGUUCCCACCGAGGAAGCUGCUCCCAAGGGUGCGCCUCAUUAUGGAUCCCCCAACUACCGAAGGACAGCACCACAGCAGGAUACGGAUUAUCCGUCAUACUUGGACAAUGUGCAGCAACAACAGCCCCAAUAUCCACAGCAACCGCCACAGUACCCACAGCAACGGCAGCGACCCCCAAGAGUUCCACGAGUGGCAAGGCAACCAGGAGGAAAUUUCACAAAUGCUGGAUCUAAUCGGACGCCCCAUUACGGAACCGAACCAAGGGGCGCGAAAGCGGAUCCGGGUCAAUUCACAAGAACAAGAAGCUUGGGUGUGAACCCGUACGAUGAUCCAACCGUGGUGGAUGUCACUCCUGAGGACUAUGAUAAUGAUUUUUCCAAGACACAGGUGGCACAGCCGGGUUUCCGAGCCACCAACCCCGUUCCCAUUCCAGUCAUCAAAAAAGAUGAUGACAAGACGAAGGAUAACAGACGACGGCCUCGAACACCACGGGGCGAAAAUAAUAUUCGAACGUUCCAAGUGGACUGGCAAAGAGAUCGCCGUGAAGGACCGCCCCCAGAAGAUGAUCCAAGAAGAAGCCCUUACAGCAGGAGGGAGCCACGUGAACCCAGACGCUAUUCCCCGGAGCGGGAAUGGCGUGAUGAAGAUCCAAGAUACCGUGACGAAGAUCCAAGGUACCGUGGCGAAGAUCCAAGGUACCGGGGUGAAGAUCCAAGAUACCGUGAUGAAGACCCAAGAUACCGCGAUGAAGACCCAAGAUACCGCAGAGGAGGAGAACGAGAACGAUGGGAAGACGAACCAAGAGCUCCACGAAGGAGGGAAAGGACCCCUUCUCCUGAACCAGAGCCAGAACCGAAACCACGAAGGCGAAGUUCCACGAAGGAAAUGAGAGAAGUCUUUAGCAGUAGGACGGCGCCUGAGGAUAGUGAAGCGCCCAAGUUUGUUUUGUGGAAAGACAUUAAACAGGAAGCUGAUGAUGACGCCCUUUUGAUUGGCGAGCUCAAGCAGGAUGCAGAAAGGAGAAGGCAACGAGAGGCGAAAGAAGCCAUGAGGGCUCGGGAACGUCAGGAGCAGGGCUUGCCACCGCUGGAAAAUAAAACCGAGGAACCGCCGCCACCCCCUCCGCCAGGACCGUUCGAGCCGAUUCGUGAGACCGUACCAGGUAAAGCGUCGGCAUUUGGCGCCCGGUUUGAGACCCAGACAGCGGAUCCAAAUAAAGAUGGGCCCAAGUCAGUUGUAUUUCCUGUGCAAGGCGGAACUGCGGAUCCGGAAUCGUGGGUCCCACCAGCAAACGUCGAUUCAAGUUAUGCCAAUGCAGCGGCUCAGUCUGCCCCACUUGCCAAUGCGGUGGAGCAGGUUACGGUGGCUCCCUUUUCGUUUGCAAAUAAUGAUGAAAAUGAGGAAGCGGAUAAUGUGGAAGUGGCUGCUGAGAUCACUGCGGAAGGUGCAACGGAGGCGGCGGCUGCUGAGCCGUCAACAACUGCAGAAACACCAUCGGAUGCAUCAACAAAGUCCCCACCUAAAGCUUCGACUACGACUACGCCAUCAGUUAUCCCCCCGCCACAAGAUGUGAAAGAGGCUAAGUGGCCUGGUGUGAGAAAGCCUCCAGGUCCUGACGAUCGAGUGGAGUACUGGGAGGAGGAAGGCAAGCCGCUGCCAGUGCGGAAUCCUCUAAUUGAUUCAAAAUGGUCAGACGCCGAAGAAGAAAAAAGGCUUGACACUUCAAAGUUUGUCUUGUGGAAAGACAUCAAGAAAGAUGAGGACAAAAACAGUCUUCUCGUGGGAGCUGUCAAGAAACCCGGAUCCCCUGAAACCUUCAAGGGCCCGCAAAAUGAGUUCCCAAUCGGAGCUGAACCAGCGCCGCCCUCGCCUUCGACAAAGGCAUCCCCACCAACACCCGUGCCAACAAGCGCAAGCGAUAUGAAGAGGGCCCCCGGGUUUGCCGGCUUCGCGGCAGUCGAUUAUUCGGCUAAGUCUGCAUCGUCGUCAUCGUCGACGACAGCAUCAGAAGCAUCCAGCUCUUCUUCUGCUAGCGGUUUUUCUGUCUCUAACGAGGACCAGAAGUCGCCGGGGUUUUCGGGCUUUGCGAGUAUCAGCUUCGAAGCGCCACCUCAAGGCCCGGUCUAUGAAGCCCCUUUACAAGGACCGCCAGCGCCACCACAAGCGCCACAACCAGCCGCAACACCAGCUGCGCCAAAACCAUUGACGAGAGAAGAUCGUCUAAAAAGCCCUGGCUUUGUUGGCUUUGCAAGCAAGACCUGGGCACCACCACCACCUGCACCACAGCCAGCUGCGCCUCCGCCAGCACAAUCGCCGCCACCUGCCACGGUUCAAGCCUCGCAAAGCGACACUCUGCCGAAAGAGCCAAAACAAGAGGUUCAGACGCCGCCAGUAACGGACUCCAUCUCGGCUUCGCGAAGCGUGGAUGAUGGGCCACCAAAACAGCCCACACUAAACGUUCCGGUGACGCCAAGUGAAGACUUGGUUCCAACUUCAGUACAAGGCGAGCUGCCACCAGAGGAGCCGAAACAAGAAUCUCAGAUGCCACCAGUUGAUGCCUCCUCUGCACCUUUCCGACAAAACAAAGAGGUGCCACCAGAGGAGCUGAAACAAGAAUCUCAGAUGCCACCAGUUGAUGCCUCCUCUGCACCUUUCCGACAAAACAAAGAGGUGCCACCAGAGGAGCUGAAACAAGAAUCUCAGAUGCCACCAGUUGAUGACUCGUUUGGACAAGACAAACAGAUGCCCCCAGAGGAGCUGAAACAAGAAUCUCAGAUGCCACCAGUUGAGGACAAAGAGGUGCCACCAGAGGAUUCGAAACCAAGAUUUCAGUCACCCCCAGAUCCAUCAUCUUCGCUCCCACCGCCACCUGGUCGUGAGGGCCGAUUCUCUGCCCGGAAGGGGCCGUCAAAGCCGCCUCCGCUACGCUCACGACCAGGGCCAAAGUCUCCACCACUAGGCGGAUCGUUCCCACCGCCUCGGCGACCGCUGCCUCACGACGAUCCGAGGGAAGGUCCUCAGCAGCGACCACCCGCGUCUGGAGCGCCCCCACAACGCAAAGGUCCUCCACCUAGAGCAGGUGGAAGACAGCUGUCACCGCCGCCACGCCGAGGACCGCGCGAUGAUUCAGGUCGAACCAGGUUUCCAGGUGGUGGCAAUUUCCCAAAUUUCCGAGCGUCAUCCACAAGCUUAUCUCAGACAAACUCUUCCAGCGAGAGAGAGAAGGCUGCUGAAGGCCGUAGAUUUGUCGUCCCACAGAUUUCGAGCAAGAAGCCAAGCACGCCCGCGGAAUCAAUGUCGUCAACAGCUUCCACAACGCAACCAACAAUGAAAAUCAAGGGAGUUCAAUCCUCGACGGUGAAGAAUGGCUCCAAAACAGCUGCUCCAAAAACUGCCAGGGAUUUAAAGAUGAAGUCGAAUUUUCCCCAAGUAUUAGGUGAAACGAAAGCGUCUGGUAAGGAAGUUCCAACACCACCUCAGCGGGCCAAUCUGAAUGGCAAAGAUGCAGGCGCAAACGGUUUCACACAGACCAGUCCAGGUAGUUUUCAGCCAGUCUCCGAGACUGACUCUGCUGAAUCAGUGUCCCCCGCAACAAGUGGCAAGUCCCAUUUUGGUAGCGGGAAACCAAAAACAGAGAGCUCCCCUGCUGAGUCAGUGUCCACAGCAUCAGGCGACACCUUCCCUUUUGGUGGCCCACUACAGAAGAAUAGCUUAAACCAAGCUGUUCCGCAGCCGAACCUCUCCCAGCCUGGGAGCAGUUUCAAGCCGCCUCUUAAGCAGUCUGAGCAGCUUGGUGCCUCAGAUUCUCACUCUUCAGAACAGAAGAGUACCCAAGCAAGUGGCACCUUAGAAAGCACCCUUGAUAAAUCAGAAACAGAUUCAAAGGCUGCUGGCAGUCCAUUCCCUUUUGGCGGACCCCCAAAGCCAAAAGCAGAGAGUUCCCCUGAUGAAGCAGGAUCCAAAAUUCCUGGCAGUCCUUUCCCUUUUGGUGGACCGCCCAAGCCUAAAGCAGAGAGCACCUCUGAGGAAUCAGCAAUGGGAACAGCUGGAAGCUCCCACUUUGGUGGACCAUCAACACCAAAAGCAGAGGACACCGCUGAGGAAUCAGCAGCCAAGGUACCUGGCAGUCCUCUCCCUUUUGGUGGACCACCCAAGCCCAAAGUAGAAAGCCCCUCUGACAAAUCAGAAUCUGAGUCAACAGCAACUGGCACUCCUUUCCCUUUUGGUGGACCACCCACACCAAAAGCAGAGGACACCGCUGAGGAAUCAGCAGCCAAGGUACCUGGCAGUCCUUUCCCUUUUGGAGGACCACCCAAGGCCAAAGCAGAGAGCAGCUCUGAGGAAUCUGCAGCCAAGGUACCUGGCAGUCCGUUCCCUUUUGGUGGACCACCCAAGCCAAAAGUAGAGAGCCCCUCUGACAAAUCAGAAUCUGAGUCAAAAGCAACUGGCACUCCUUUCCCUUUUGGUGGACCACCCACACCAAAAGCAGAGGACACCGCUGAGGAAUCAGCAGCCAAGGUACCUGGCAGUCCUUUCCCUUUUGGAGGACCACCCAAGGCCAAAGCAGAGAGCAGCUCUGAGGAAUCUGCAGCCAAGGUACCUGGCAGUCCGUUCCCUUUUGGUGGACCACCGAAGGCCAAAGCAGAGAGCCGCUCUGAGGAAGCCGCAGCCAAAAUUCCUGGAAGUCCGUUCCCUUUUGGUGGACCGCCAACACAAAAAGCAGAGGACACCUCUGAGAAAUCAGCAGCUAAGGUACCUGGAAGUCCACUACCUUUUGGUGGACCGCCCAAAGCUGAGAGCAGCUCUGAGGAAUCAGCAGCCAAGGUACCUGGCAGUCCUUUCCCUUUUGGUGGACCACCAAUGCCAAAAGCAGAGAGCACCUCUGAGGAAUCAGCAGUCAAGGUACCUGACAGUCCUUUCCCUUUUGGUGGACCACCAAUGCCAAAAGCAGAGAGUUCCCCUGAUGAACCAGGAUCCAAAAUUCCUGGCAGUCCUUUCCCUUUUGGUGGACCGCCCAAAGCAGAGAGCACCUCUGAGCGAUCAGCAAUGGGAACAGCUGGAACCUCCCCCUUUGGUGGACCACCAAUGCCAAAAGCAGAGGGCACACGGGAGGAAUCAGCGGCCAAAAUGCCUGUCAGUCCUUUCCCUUUUGGUGGCCCACCCAAGCCAAAAGUAGAGAGCCCCUCUGGCAAAUCUGAGUCAAAAGCAACUGGCAGUCCUUUCCCUUUUGGCGGACCUCCCAAGCCCAAGGGAAAGAGUACCACUGGGGAAUCUGCCAAGAACACAUUUGGCAGCCCGUUUCCUUUUGGUGGACCGCCAGCACCAAAAGCAGAAAGCCCUGCUGAUGAAUCAACAAAUAAGAUACCUAGCAGUCCUUUUGGUGGACCACAACAGCCAAAAGAGGAGAGUACACCUGAUGAUUCAGUGUCAAAAACACCUGGCACUUUCCCUUUUGGUGGUCCACCAAAAGAAGGUGGAUUGAAGCCAACAUCACCUCAACCAUGGAACAGCCAGCUUGGGGACACAAGUGAUUCUGGGCAAACGAGUAGCCCGAAUCCAGCUGGUUCUCAACCUUGGAACGGUCAGUCUUCGAAUGGCAAAGUGGCUGCUCCGAAGGGUGUUGUCCCGGGUUCUGUGGGGCCUGGACGUAACGUUGCUUCAACUAUUAUUUCUGGGCAAGAAAGCGCCAAUUCUGCAACGGAUGACAAGCAAGCGAACCCUCGGGUCCCAUCUGAGUUUUCGUAUCUUGACGAUCUAGCAGAAGGCCCAUCGAAGCCGGAGGCCAUAUCUGAUGGAACAGAUACCGAGGGUGACCCCUCCACUCCCGACGAAGGGCAGUUGACUCCGCCUAUGCAAGCACAGUCGCCUUUUAUGUCGGCUCUCAAGGGCAUCAAAGGCAUGGCAACAGGUAUUGGUGGCAAGAAUCAGCCAGUACAGGCAAACAAAGCUAGUACCACGACGCCCCCUUCUUUUGGAAUUGGAAAGGGCAAGGGACCUCCUGGCAGUGCUGCUCAAAAGAAUGGCAGUCCCAAGACAAUGCCACCAACAAUGACGCCAGCCCUGAAGUUUGGCAUGCAACAACCGCCACGACCUCCUUCGGCAGCACCUGGAGCGACAGCCUCUGGUGCAAAGGAGGCUGUUAACUUGUAUCCUUCGAGCCAAGGGGUUUCAGGUGGCAUUUUCAGCAAGCAAAAGGAUAGUAAGCCUGCGGGAAACGUCCCCAAAGCAAACAGCCUUGAUGAUUACAAAGCGGUUCGUGGCAGUGUGGUGCCACCGAUGCCGAGGGACGCUACGUCGGGCCUUCCCAAAUCGGCUGUGAAAGAGACAGAGACAGCAGGGAGCUUGUAUCCAGAAAGUGCGGGAGCCCCAGGUGGAUUCUUCAAGGCGAAGGAAAGAAAGGAUGAAUCUCAAGCCACGAGGCCCAAAGCAAAAGUUUUGGUGAGUCCAGAAGUAAAGGAGUUCGAUGAAAGGAUGAACAGAGAGAAAAUACUUGUUGACGACAAGAAGCCGUAUAUCAACCGGGAUAAAUUUGUGUUCUCCAACCAGGCAAGUUUGCAGGAACUACGCAAAGAACGACAGAAGGCAAUCGAAGAAGGAGAUAUGGCCAAGUUCGAUUUCGACUUGCAGAAGUACAUGAGCGUUGCUGCUAUUGGUCUGGGUGCGCCGCUGACAGUAUACUUGCUUUCCGCCCUGUUGAUGUCGAAUAGCGUUACCCAACAGUUGGAAAGGGCGUCGUCUUUUUUGCCGAAGGCGGACGGCGUGUCGAAUCCCUUUGAAUCGAUCAAGAUUACUUUGCCAGAGAUCCCGGAUAUCCUCCCGUCCAAAGAAGCGAGCUCCGAUGUAGCUGGUCGAAAGGCGGCGUUCUCGACAGGCGAUUUCUCUUUGGACAAGCUAGGAGAAAAGAUUCAAAUGCCGUCUAUGCAGACUCGCCCGCUAUCAAAAUUGGAUUCAUUCAUUCCCGGUAUGAAGGAGCAAAUGGAAAAAAUCAAUCUGACUCCUGAUUUUGAUGUGAAGGCCAAGCUGGACAAAAUCGCCCUCCCUCCUGGCAUAAAGAUGAAUCUGGAGAAACUUGAGCAGAAGGUUGAUGAGAUCUCACCGGACGCCAAAGCCCCAGCAGUGCUUGACCAGGAUAAGGCCGAGCUGGAAGAGAUCGAGGGCAAGAUUGCUGAAGUCAAACCAGACGCCGCAGCCCCAGAUUUUGCGGAACAGAUCAAAGAAAGCGCGGAGAAGAGCGAGGUCAAGCCCGAUGUAAAUCUUCAAGUAGAUCAGAAACCUGAGGAAACGACGGCUGUGAUUCCCGAGUCCGCUGCGAAGGAAGAAACCAGCGAGUCACCUCAGAAUCCUUUGACUGGAUUACUAGAAAAGGUGAUGCCGACGGAGACUCAAAAGUCACCCGACGCUGACUCCAGCGAGGAGGCAGAUGAACCAAAGGGAGCUCUGCCAGGAUGGUUUGACCGGGUGAGCCGACCCUUCACAAACCCAUCUGUUGAAGAAGACAGUGCUGCGGACGAAGGUCCCAGCGCCAGCAAAGAAGAGGCAACAGUGGAACAGCGGUUACAGGAAGCUUCCCCUGAAGCAUCAGUUGCAGAACCAGAGACGCCGAGCACCCCCAAAGAAGCUGAAGCCGCGCAAAAGCCUGAGUUAAACGUAGAGCCGGCAAUACAAGAUGUUGCUACCUUGAAGGAGGAACCCGAAGCAGUGAAGGAUGCAUCGAGUUCCGAGGUCAAAGCCCCAGUUGAUCAAGCAGUAGUUGUCGAAGAAGAGUCAUCUGCAGUGGCAGCCGAUGACGCUUCGAAUGUAGCAGAAAGCGCUCCUGUGACAGCCAGUGAACCACAGAAGAUUGCUGAGGAAAUGAAUCCGGCCAUAAAGUCCACCGUCGAGGAGGAAACCUCACCGGAAGCCGUGAAACAAGAAGAAUCAGCAGAGGCCGCUUCCCCAGUCGAAGCAACCCUAAAAGACGCAAAGACAGAAGAAGCAAAGUUGGAGGACGCAGUUGCAGUAAUAGAUGAGCCUAUUGCAGCAGGAAAGGAAUCAGAGCUCACCAAGGAUGAGGAUGCAAUGGCACAACAAAGUGCCAAGAUGGAAGACGCAAAAACUGUUGAGGAGUCGACGGUGACGGAAGAAUCCUCCACUAAACCUGUGACAGCAAUGGAUGCGUCUCAGGAACAACAACAACAGCAAGAAGAAGCACCGACCAUCCAGGAACCGGAAGCAAAAGAGCCAGAAGCAAGGCAGGAACCUGAAGGGCGCGAGAAGGCGAAAGAGGAAUUGCGGGUACUAGCACAACGAGUACAGGGACCAGAAGAAUCAAAACCAGCACCAGUGAAGGAGGAACCUGAGGGGCGCGAUAAGAAGGUCAGGGAGGAAUUGAAGUCACUAGAACUGAAAAUGCAGGCGCUGAUGAAGGACUUGAGCACACCCGCAAACAAAGAGGAAGCCGCAUCAGUGGCCAAGGCGACAACGGAAGAAGAAGAACCCGUGAUUGUAGCCAAGGUGGACGAGCUACAGGCUGCCGCCAAAAAGAUUGAGAAGGGUGAAGGUCUAGAGAUGCGUAUGCAAGUGAUACCGGAAGAGACAACCGACGUGGCCGAGGAGACUCCCGUGAGAUGGUCCUUGUUUGGAAACAAGGAAUCAUUGGAACAAAAAGUCAAGAAGACGGACAAGUCUCCUUCCAUAUGGUCUUUCUUCGGUGUGUUUGAGAACAAUGACGAGCAAAUGGACGACAAUUCGUUGUUUUAG